UCAAGAGAACCCCAACCUCCAUUCUUAUCAUUUGUGCUGCCAUGAAGAAGAUUGUGCUAAAGCUUAGCAUUGCAUGCGUCAAGUGCAAGAGAUGUGUCAUGAAAGCCGUCGCCAAUGUUGAAGGGCUUGUUGAGGUAACAGUAGAUGCAGAGAAGGGUUUGCUGACAUUGAUCGGAGAUGUCGAUCCGGUCAUCGCUGUGAGAAAGCUGAGGAAGAUCAAGAAGGUAGUCACAAUCGACAGCGUGGGUCCUUACAAGAAGGAAGAACCCAAACCACCCGAACCCAAACCCAAACCACCCGAACCCAAGGAGCCAGAACCAUGCAAGCCCUUGCCUUUAUGCUGCAACACGUGCCGGCCCAUUGCAAUCGGAUUCUUAACCUAUGAUGAGCCAGCUUUUUGUACCAUCCUCUGAAAAAGAUCAGAGGCAUAUUGAUUUGUUCUAAUUUUAUUG